UAAAAUGUCAAACAUGUCAAAAAGUCAUCAGUGAAUGUAAUCAGGAGAAUUGUUAGGGGAAAAACUGGUCAAAAUCCGAUGAAAAAAACCCGACGAAAGUAACUUACAUGGGUAGGGGAAAUACGGGGAAUUAAACAAGAAAAAUUCCAGUACUUACAUAGAAAGUGAAACAGGAAAAAAACUCAGAAAUCUACACCAUGUCCAGACGAAAGCUGAGCUCCACCGGGGAGUUCCAAUGGAGUAGACGCAAGUUGAGUUCCACAGGCGAACUGAAAUUGGCUACCAUCCCGAAAAUCGAUGUGGCAGGUAGACAUCCGAGCACCAGCUCUAGCAUAUUCAGCACAGAGACACUAGAUCCCUCAGAAAUCAAUUUGGGCGCCCUCAGAGGCGACAGUCUGACUCAGCAAAGGAUGAGCUUCUUGCCCUCGAGUUUGAGAAUGAUGAGCAGGAGCAGUACUGCGGGAACUUUCCGGAACAUGGGCAUAGACGGUGCAAGCCCGUGGAAAAGCGGGGAGAGAACCGUCGAUUACCUUUUCGAGAACUACUGCACCGGAAGCAGCUAUUUGGGAGAGUACAACAAGUUGGGCAUAUGUGGUAAAGGCAUGUACAAGUUUCCCCAUGGAGUGAUCUACGAUGGCCGUUUUAAUAAGAAGGGUGAAUUUCACGGUAGCGGGACAUUGACUUAUCCCAGUGGACAGAAAGUGGAAGGAUUCUGGCGCAAUGGAAAACUCCAGAAGAAUCCUACCAAUGUGUCCGCAGAUAACACGCCAUACAGAAGCCAAUACUGCAGGAUGCCGGAUCGCAGGUUCCAGAUCGAAGUGACGCACGACUUGGCGCCUGCGCCUAAAGAGUUUCUCACGAACGCACCCAACCCGCCACGAAAGAUACCCCCCGGAUCCUACGACACCGGAGAAGGUUUCUACGAUCCCGUCAAGAAGGUGAUGUUGGACUACGACGACCUCAAAGUCAGCGUGCCGAUGUACGAGAGUGAGAGCGUCUACGAGGGCCGGGAAUCUAUGGUCGGUGACACCGAAGAUUUGUUUAGGAUGCUGACAAAAACGCUGUCAAAACCUAUCAGCGAAUUCAACAUUGUACCAUCAUCGGAGGAUAAUGAUGAGAAGAGGAAAAAAUUGAGACCUUUGCCGAUAGCCUUCACCUUGCACUGGGUGAUAAAUAAUUGCAGAACGGCGUGGGACACUCCCGUGGGAUACAAUCCGAAACUAUACGAAGCAUGGAGUACAGGUACCAAAAGUGACGACUUUCUGCCAAUUCAUGAGUCAAAUCUAGAGUCAGAGCAUAGUUCCGAAACCGAAACUGUCAUUGCAAAAUUGUUAGCUGUGGCAGAUGCCACCGAUACGGCUUCGGGGAUGUACAGCUUCAUCGAACGUAACAGGUACAGCAGAGAUGAUGUCACUACCAGUUUGAUAGCACUUAAAGACAUGUUCAGGUCGCAGGACUUCAAACACUUGGUCGUCAAGAAGGCCAUCGUUUACCAAAUCUUGAGAUCGAGAAACAAGAACAAGAAGCUGAAGAAGUACAGGGAGAAGAAAAUUUCCUUCCAAUCAGUAUAGUACCUGAUUUUCGGCAUCGAUCGGUUCAUCAAACCUACAGGGUGGCUAUGAAAAGUCUCUCUAGAAAAUUCUAGAACUUAAUAAGUAAAUUUUACUCGUCUGACAUACAUGUACUUGCAACAAUGCAAUUUAUGCCAAAAAUCGCAUAUUAUUGACUUAUUAGUUAAGAAGUUUAAAUUAAGGGAAAAAAGAAAAAAAUAAAAUUAUUUAAUUCCAA